AGCUUCACCAGUUGAAUCCAAACCACAUGCAAAGCAUUUGCACAAUGGCUUCCAGAGGCUUCAAUUGGGGACUUGGACUCUUCUUCGGUCUGUUGUUGAGCCUUUGUUCGACGCCCUCGACAAUUGGUCAAAAUGUUCCAGUGCCCUGCGAUGUCAGCCCUAGCAUUGCCCUCGACUUGAACCAGUUUGCGGGCAUUUGGUGGGAGAUUGUGCGUCAACCGGUGGGCACCAACUUCUGCACCCAGAUCAAUGUGACAGUGUUGAAUCAGGCCGAGAAUAAUGUGCUGAUCGAUACCACCUACUCGAAUACUGUGACUUAUCCAUGGGUGAAUCAGACGAUGAAUGCCACGCUGACUGUGCUCAACGACACUGAAGAAGCGAAUGGCUACAAUUUCACCUAUUGGAAUGCACCCAGCUAUACACCCUACACGGUCUUCAAGGUCCUCGACACCGACUACGCCAACUAUGCCUUCAUCUGUGGCUACACGAAUGCCACCGAUAACUCGACAGCCUUUGGCAUGGUCAUUGCCCGCAAUCGAACUCUGUCGACUGUCUAUUUGGAUUCUCUGGAGAGCGAGAGUUCGGCCAAAUACGACAAUUUCGCCAAUGGCACCAUGACCCUAAUCACCCAGGACGAUACGUGUUUGGGAAACGGAGCUGAUCCCUCGACGGCAUUCACUGUUUUCUACGCGGUCUUUGCAUUUGUUAUUUACCAACUGACUAAGUAACUUAAAAGUACAGUUGUGAGUGGCAUGAUCCAUUUCCAGUGUUGGUAAACUAUUAGUAAAUUGAAAAUAAAAUUUAUACUAACUAAGAACAAAAAUGAUUUGUUAACUCGAAAGUUACUUCAAGAAAUAAAAUCUAAUUAACAUACUAAAAAUAUAUUGACGAGCUAAGUUCAUGAAUUUUAGCCAGUGUUGGUAAACAUA